AUGUGCGGCCUAUAAGAGUAUCGUCUUUUUCAUAGAGUUGACUCAACCAUCGUUUCUAAACUUUCCCUUUCUUUCCACCGGAGAAAAAACCUCGCCGGAGAUUUUUGUCAGCAGAGAUGUUUCCUUCAUCCGAUUUCUUUUUCUCACCAUCGGCGCUGUUCUCAGCGUACGCAUCCCUAACAGGCUUCUCGAUGCUCAUUAGGUCGAUACUCCAAGAUUUCGUGCCGGAGAAGCUACGAUUGUACUUCUACGGCUUAUUCGAGCGAUUUUUCACUCCGAAGUCGAAGAACCUCACGGUGGUUAUCGACGAUAAGUUCGGAGUGAACAGGAACCAAGUGUUCGACGCGGCUGAGAUGUACCUCCGCAACAAGAUCGGCCCUGAAACGAAGCGUUUACGUGUGGGGAAAACCCCUAAGGAGAAGCAUUUCACAAUCUCGAUCGAGAAAGGAGAAGAGAUCACUGAUUCAUUCGAGAACUUUGAGGUGAAAUGGAUCUACGUUCACUCGGAGAGCGAGAAAGGGGAUAAAGUCAAACGGUACUACGAGCUCACAUUCGACAAGAAGCUGAGAGACAAAGUCAUGGGUUCUUACUUAAGCCACGUUGUUGCGGAAUCGGAAGAGAUCAAGAGGAAUCUGAGAGUGGUGAAGCUCUAUAGCCAAGAUGUGUACGGGAGCGACGACGAAGAUGGAUGUGCCGGAGGGAACUGGGGAUGUAUCAGACUCGAACAUCCUUCGACGUUCGAUACAUUGGCGAUGGAUCCAGGAGCGAAGAAGAAGAUAAUCGAUGACUUGGAGAGGUUUCUCAAGAGAAGAGAGUUUUACAAGAGAGUUGGUAAAGCUUGGAAACGAGGCUACUUGCUGUAUGGACCUCCCGGAACUGGCAAAUCGAGCUUGAUAGCUGCAAUGGCUAAUUACCUAAAGUUCGAUAUUUUCGAUAUUGAGCUUAGUAGUAUUUAUGAUAAUGGUGACUUGAAGAGGGUUUUGUUGUCGACCACGAGUCGUUCCAUUUUGGUGAUUGAGGAUAUUGAUUGCAGCACUACUGAGGUGAAAGACAGGGAAGAUGAAAAUCAGGAAGAUGAAAAAACUAACACAAAGGUGACUUUGUCAGGGAUUUUGAACUUCAUUGAUGGGUUAUGGUCGAGUUUUGGAGAUGAAAGAAUCUUUGUGUUCACGACUAACCACAAAGAACGGCUUGAUCCUGCAUUGCUACGUCCUGGAAGAAUGGAUAUGCAUAUCCAUAUGUCUUACUGUACAGGCAUAGCAUUUAGGACAUUGGUCUCUAACUAUCUUGGUCUAGAUGGCUUGAACCAUCCUCUUUGUGAGGAAAUCGAGAGGCUGAUUGAUUCUACAGAGGUUACUCCUGCUGAGUUAGCUGAAGAGUUGAUGCAGGACGAUGAUACUGAUGUUGUUCUUCGUGGAGUAGUUAGCUUUGUUGAGAAGAGGAAGCUUGAGAGAAGCAAAGCCGAGGAUGAGGUUUCUAUUUGUAAAGAAGUUGUGAUUAAGGCAAAUGAUGAUGACGAAAAACAGAGUGGUUCUGUGAAUUGCAUGAACAAGAAGAAUGAGUAAUCGAAAGGGAAAAGAGCAAGAAAAGGCCAUAGCUUAUUUCAGUAAUAAGUAAAUGUCAAAUGUGACUAUCCGUGCAAUGCCAUGAAAACAUCACUAUUUAAAAAAAAUUAAUAAAGUUUUCCUUACAUCAUAUGUUCUUAAGAUUGUAUUAGAAAGAAGUUUAACUAAUACUCAUUACUCCCUCUAAAAAUUGUUAUUUUAGAGUUUUGUUUUUGUUUCAUAAAAAGUGUCGUUUUGUAUUUCGAAUACAAAUUUUUAAACAAAU